CAAAAGGAGAAUGUUGGGGACCGGGGACACUGUUCUCAUGCCGUCUUUCCCAAAGACGCAGGAACGCCUUUAUCUUUACGAAUGGCUCAGGCAGGAGGAGUUACAAAAAGGAACCAAAGAGAACCAGCCUGGCACUGUCCUGUUUCCUAGCAACGGUUGCCACAGCAACCACGUGGUCAACAACGCUAAGCAGCCCCAAGAGGAGCAGGAUAUUUUCUCCUGAAAGGGGGCUGCUACUAAAGAGUCAAGGGAGAUUAUAUGAAAGAAAGAUUUUAGUUCCUUAAUAAGUAAGCAAGAAAAGGAAAAUCGGUGAGAGGAGUAGACAGUGGGAUAGUGAGCCAAAAGUCGAGUGGUUGUUAAGGAAUUCCUUGGUGGCCAUGAAUCUACCCUGCACUUCCGAGAGUAUUUAUAACCUCAUCCCCAGUGACUUGAAGGAGCCGCCCCCGCCUCCUAGGUAUACAUCGGUGUUUACAUCGUCCGUGAAAGAUGACCUGAAGAAAUUCAAGACUGCAAUGAAAACGAUGGGGCCUGCAAAGGUUGAAGUGCCUUCCCCGAAGGAUUUUCUGAAGAAGCAUUCCAAGGAAAAACCACUACCACCUAAAACAAAGUUUAAUAGGGAUGUUCCCAAGAAGCCUGCAGUGCCCUUGAGGACCGAUCAUCCAAUUAUGGGAAUACAGAGUGGAAAAAACUUCAUAAACACAAAUGCAGCUGAUGUCAUCAUGGGCGUGGCCAGAAAGCCCAAGCCGAUUUAUGUUGACAAAAGAACUGGAGAUAAGCAUGAUCUGGAAACCUCAGGACUACUGCCCAAGUACAUCAAUAAAAAGGAUUACGGCAUCACGCCUGAAUACAUCUGCAAGCGAAAUGAGGAUGUGAAGAAAGCCCAAGAAGAGUACAAUAAAUAUGUUCAGGAGAACCUUAAAAAAGCGGCCAUGAAGAGACUUUCUGAUGAAGAAAGGGAGGCGGUGCUGCAGGGCCUGAAGAAGAACUGGGAAGAGGUGCACAAAGAGUUCCAGUCCCUCUCGGUCUUCAUCGACUCCAUACCAAAGAAGAUUCGAAAGCAGAAGCUGGAAGAAGAGAUGAGGCAGCUGGAACACGACAUCAGCGUCAUCGCGAAGCACAAGGUCAUCUAUAUCGCCAACAAGUGAGCGCUCUGUGGCAGGGCAGAGACAGAAUCAGAGGAAGAGAAACCAAGACACCACGGAGGACACCAAACCAAAGCCACUCGUGCGCUGUGAAGAGCAUAAAAAGUUUUCACUGAAAAUGUAGGCAACGUUGAAAGAAAAAAAUGCAAUUAUUCAUUUGUUCUACAGAAAAGCGUCUCCUCCGGUGUCACAGUUCUACUUAUAAACGAAUCGUUAAAAUUAGAAGCUGGACCCUAGGUCUGUAUUCUAGAAUGUAUCACUGCGUGUGCUUUGGCCCUAAAAAAUAAAAACAUUUAGCAU